AUGGCAAACACGGUCUAUGUCAUCACCGGCACCAACAAGGGCAUCGGUCUCGGCCUGGUCAAGGCCCUCAUCGCCCGGCCAUCUACGACUGUCGUUGCGUCGGUUCGCAGUGACCAAGCCGCUGCGUCGUUGAAGUCCUCCGUCGAGGACGUGGCCAAGGGCGACAAAUCCGAGCUUCACAUCAUGCUCCUGGAUUUCACCAAGGCUCCCGAGCCGGCCAAAGUCCUGGAGGCCUUCAACGCCGCUACCUCUGGCACCGUCGAUCGCAUCGACGUCGUCGUCAGCAACGCCGCCGUGGCUUCCCCGGGGACGCCAUCUCUGGCCAUCUCCAGCGAAGACCUCCGGAACGCAUUCGAGAUCAACACCAUCGCCCCCUUGAUGGUCUUCCAGGGCCUCUGGCCCCUGAUGAGCCAGCCUCGGGCCACGGGUGACGUCCCCGCCAAGUUCGUCGGGAUUACCUCGUCUGUUGGCUCGAUCGAGUCCCAGGAGCCCUUUCCAGGCGGCGCUUAUGGUCCGAGCAAGGCCGCGCUGAACUGGCUGGUCAAGUCACUGCAUAAUCAACACGAGAACCUGGUCAGCGUGGCCGUUCACCCCGGAUGGGUCCAGACAGACAUGGGCUACCACGCGGCCAAGGAGUGGAAGUACGACGCCGGCCCCCCCGUGACUGUCGACGACUCCGUCAAGGGGGUUCUCGGCGCGAUUGAUGGAGCCAGCCGAGAGACCACCUCUGGAAAACUCGUAACGCAAACGGGUGAGAUUGUUCCCUGGUAA